GAUUCUGCCCAGUCGGAUGAGAGUACCGUCAGUGCAGCCCAGCUAAGUCUUCGACGUCAACAGCAACAGCAGCAGCAGCAGAGUAAAGAUGGUGCUACGAGUCCCAAGACGACGGCAGCCUCGGCCAAGGGGAAGCCGCGUCUUCUACUCAUGGGACAGAGAAGCUCCUUCAUGGACUUUCAAGUGUGGGACUUUCCCGGACAGAUUGACAUAUUCGAAAACCCGGAAUUCGACAUGGAGGCCAUAUUCGGCGAGAUAGGCGCGCUGAUCUGGGUGAUUGACGCGCAGGACGACUACCUGGAGGCCGUAGAUCGGCUGAACACGACCAUCCUCUGCCUGCAACGCACGUACCCCUACAUCAACAUCGAGGUCUUCAUCCACAAGGUGGACGGUCUAUCGGACGACUACAAGCUCGACAUCCAGCGGGACAUUACCAUCCGCAUCCAGGACGAGCUAUCGGACCACGGGUGCGAGAACGCCCCCGUCACAUUCCACCUGACGUCCAUCUACAACCACUCCAUCUUCGAGGCCUUCAGCAAGGUCAUCCAGAAGCUCAUCCCGCGCCUGGGCACCCUCGAGUCCAUGCUCACCAACCUCUGCCGCACCUGCCGCUUCGAGAAGGCCUACCUCUUCGACGUCCUCUCCAAGAUCUACAUCGCCACCGACUCAUCCCCCGCCGACAUGGCCUCGUACGAGAUCUGCAGCGACUACAUUGACGUCAUCAUCGACAUGACCGAGGUCUACGGCACCUGGCACCGCUCCGACGACGCGAGGGCCCGCCUCGAGGGCGAUCCCUACCACGCCCCGCUCGACGCCCAGGUCGGCUGCCCCACCGCCGAGAGCUGCCUCGUCCUGCACGACAGCAGAAGGCCCAUCGUCCUCAGGGAGGUCGACAGGUACCUCGCCCUCGUCGCCGUCAUGAAGGAUGACUCGUACGACAAGAUGCCCCUUGUCAACAUGAAUGUCGACGCCGUAGUCGACGGCCUCACCGGCUUCUUCAACAUUACCAGGAGGAAUCGUUAG